ACAGGACUAGGCUAUCUCUGCCUUCUACUGUAGACUACAGAGCUAUUGGAAUAGCAGGUGUCACUGGAACCAGCUUUUCCCACUGGGUUUUAUAUCGGCAGUUGUUGAGGUCGAAAUCGACCUGUGAUUUCGAUAGAUUUUUUUUCGAUACAGUUGAACGUUUUGGAUUUUGUAUUAGCCCACCAGGACCAGGACCAGGACCAGGACCAGGACCAGGUUAAGUGAUUUUUUUGACAGCUGAAGGGAGGCGAGAUGGAUAAAAUAGUGUCCAGACAUCUCCCGGGGAAUCCAAGGUUUCUACCUAUGUCGAAUCACUGGGUAUUGAAGUCUCUACUGGAGAACCCCAUGAAACUACCCCUCCUCCUCCAACAACAUGAACAACAACAUGAAGGAUUUGAGAAGGAGCAAGAAAAGGAGAAGAAGUUGGAUGAGGAGAGGAGUGCCCCCCAGUCAGCCUUCCUGGGGCCCACGCUGUGGAACAAGACUCUCCCCUACGAUGGAGACAACUUCCAGCUGGAGUACAUGGAUCUGGACGAGUUCCUGUCGGAAAACGGCCUCCCCUCUGAACUCGCCGCCUCCACCCACCCCAACCAGUACCAAUCACAGUCCCAGCACCAGACGUCAAUCAUGUCACAAGCCUUGCCCUCGGUGAUUGACCUUAGCAACCAUGCCAGCGCAUCAACGUCGGUACACACAAGCAUGGGCGCACAGAACUGUCUCCCUAGCCUCGCCAGAGCAGCCCUGCCGUCCAGAAACACUCCCAGCCCCAUCGACCCAGAGUCCAUCCAGGUGCCAGUGAGCUAUGUGCCUGACCCUGCUGACUUGGUUUUGUCCAGCGUACCGGGACAGGAGAUGUUUGACCCCCGCAAACGCAAGUUCGCCCCCGAGGAGCUCAAACCACAGCCCAUGUUCAAGAAGGCCCGCAAGGUGUUAUUGCCAGAUGACUUGAAGGAUGACAGGUAUUGGGUGAGGCGUAAGAAGAACAACGUGGCUGCCAAGAGGUCACGUGACGCCCGUCGACUCAAAGAGAACCAGAUCGCCAUUCGAGCCGGUUUCCUGGAGAAGGAGAACUCCGCCCUGAAAAUGGAGGUGGCCGAUCUGAGAAGAGAGCUUGGGCGCACAAAGAACAUUGUGGCCGAGUACCAGGUCACACAGGGGCCUCUGUAAUGGGACUGAGACAGAAUACACUCACACACAUGGAGAAUACACACACACACACACACACACACACACACACACACACACGCACACACACACACACACACACACACACACACACACACACGCACGCACACAUACACACGCACACAUGCACACACACAUACACACACACACACACACACACACACACACACACACACACACACACACACACACACACACACACACACACACACACACACACACACACACACCCGGCCCUGUUGCCCAGGCCCUCAUUCAUCCCUGAACACCCCCAGAAGCAUGAGGUUGAGAGGCUGAGCUUUACAUCUGCCUGAGGCUACCACCCGAUCAAUGUCCUCCCUGCUCGAAAACUGCCCCCACACACAACCUAGGAACUGCCUCCUACCAUCUCACAACUCGUAUCAAGAGAUUAAAGGACAAAAUGAUUUAGGCUCAGUAACACAUUUCUACUCAUUUUCUAUACCAUAUAUUUCAUCCUCAUCCAUGUCUCUCUGUGAUUGGCCCUUGUGAGGGAAAGCGGGUAGCUUUCUGUACUGUCUAUGAGUAAGAAACGGAAUGGGUUUAUUUUAUUUCCGAUCUGUGUGUGUUUUUCAUUUGGUUAUUUUCUUUCUGAUGUAGUGUAUCUGUCCACACAUGGCUUUUGUGUUAUUUUCUGCAUUUUUCAUGGCUUUUACUGAGGUGUUUGAUUUUCUUAUGAAUGUGUAUGUUGAAUCUUAUGUUUACCUACCCUCCUCCCUCUCCCUCUUGAUUCAUAACGUCUGUGAAUCAUCUUGAGUUAAUGGUUGCUUCGGUUUUUCAUCUGGUUUCCAUAGUGUAAAUGUCAGUUGAGACGUCUCCCCCUGACCUGACUUUAUCCACCUCCCUCCCCGUCUUCUUCUCCAACAGAUAUAAGCUGUUUGUAACGUGUAAACAAUCACUGCUCAUACUUUAAAACCUCUCCCAGGCCGACAUACCGCUAGCCUGGGUAUCCCACUGUUUCUGCAUUAAGCAACGCUAAGUUGUUGCCAUAGUGAGGCGACAACAUGUAGGAUAAAUCAGAGAUAAUAGCCGCCAGGCUAUUAUGAUGUCAGCGUCAUCGUUCUCAUGUUCUUCUUAUAGCAGUGUUAUGUAUAACAAAGGUUUGUUUCUAGUUCCUUGUCACCAGAUCCCUCUGUUGAACAGAACAAGUUCGGGAAGCUAAAGCAAUAAGGCAGUAUAAAGCUCUUGGUCUCCUCUCUACCAAGCCUACUGUCACAGACACGCAUGAAACUGCCCUCUUUAUUUUAGCACGUAGCCAAUUUGGAAACGCUUUUAUUAGUUGAUAUUAUGAUAUGUAUGUCUUUACAUAAAUUCAGGCAUGAUUCUAUUUGUUGUUCAAGCAUUCAAAUGUGAACAUUAAUAGCAUCUGUGCAGUAAGCCAAUAGUUUUUAUUGUGUUCUUUUUCUUUUCUCAGGCAUGACUUCUCUGUGUCAUGCUCUUGUCUACAGAGGUACGGUUGUCCAUAUUAGGACUGCCUCUCAGUCCUGACGAGAUUGAAAGAAUUCCUGCUGAGAAUGAGGCUGUCCUAAUAUUACCACCGUACAGAUGUUCUCCCCAUGACCCAAUGAGAGAUGAAUGUAACAGAUGUACUACUGUAUAUAACAAAUUAACACAGUGUACGUUGGGCAAAUGAAUGGUGUUGCCUGUACAGUACUGUGGAAUAUACCCACAUCACUUUAUAUAUCUCUUUACUACAGACCAAAAGAUUACAGUAUAGAAAGUAUAUGUUAAUAUAUGAAAGGUUUUGUUGUUUUUACAAAGAUAUUCUUGUUUUUGUACAGUAUUUUUUUCCGUACAUAUAUCUCCUGUGUAUUUAAAAAAUGAACUAUGUAUAUUCAGAACUUGUUCAUCUCUACCGAUGCUGUUUCUCAGAUACUUUGCAUGGGCAUUACUCAAGACAACCUUACAUAUGAAAGUGACUGGCUGUUUUACAGACCAUAUGAAAGUGACAGGCUGUUUUACAGACCAUAUGAAAGUGACAGGCUGUUUUACAGACCAUAUGAAAGUGUCAGGCUGUUUUACAGACCAUAUGAAAGUGACAGGCUGUUUUACAGACCAUAUGAAAGUGUAGUCAGUCUCACUCUUUAACCCCUCACGCCCACCACAGACAAACUCAAAACGCUUUGCUGUUUUUCAUUUUGAAAAGUUUUGUAUGUUUUGUUGCGUUGUUUCUUUGGUUUGCAGAAGCAGAAACUCUGUAGUCUAAGAGGAGGAUUGAUAUUGGCAUCCCUUUUUAAACUCUUAUUUGUAUUGUAUGUAGUUUUGGUUUUAGAAGAAAGUCAAAUCCCAACAACAAGCGCUUAUGUUACGUCUCUUCUUAAUUUCUCCCUUUUGUGUGAUUAUUCCUACUUUCCUCUUGGUGUAGGGUUCACUAGACAGAAUACUUAUAUGUUACGUCUCUUCUUAAUUUCUCCCUUUUGUGUGAUUAUUCCUACUUUCCUCUUGGUGUAGGGUUCACUAGACAGAAUACUUAUAUGCUGAUAUGUUCAAAACUGUGUUUUUCCCAGUAUUCCUCCCUUGUCUUUUGUUGGUUUUUCAUGAUCAAAAUAAAACUGUUGAAAUCA